AUGAGGAAUCAUACUCCAGUAACUGAGUUCCUCUUGAUGGGAAUCCCUCAUACCAAAGGACUGGAGAAUGUCCUCUUCAGCAUAUUUCUGGGCUUGUACCUUCUCACUCUACUGGGGAACCUGCUCAUCCUUCUGGCCAUCCUCACUUCUCCUACCCUCCAUACUCCCAUGUACUUCUUCUUAGGAAACCUUGCAGUGUUUGAUAUAUUUUUCCCUUCAGCAAAUUCCCCCAAAUUGAUGCUCUGCCUAAUAGGGCACAGCCCUACCAUCUCCUAUGAAGGCUGUGCAUCCCAGCUGUUCUUUUACCAUUUCCUGGGCUGCACCGAAUGUUUUCUCUACACUGUGAUGGCCUAUGACCGCUUUGCAGCCAUCUGCCACCCCUUACGAUACACUCUCAUCAUGAACCAUCGGGUAUGCACUGUCUUAAUUCUGGGAACAUGGAUGGGAAGUUGUUUGCACGCCUCUAUCCUCACAUUUCUCGUCUUUAAGUUACCCUAUUGUGACUCUAACAAGGUGGAAAAUUUCUUCUGUGAUAUCCCUGUGAUGCUGCCCCUGGCCUGUGCUGACACCACUCUGGCUCAGUCGGUGAGUUUCACCAACGUAGGUGUUGUGGCUCUCAUGUGUUUUCUUCUUAUCCUCACUUCUUAUACUCGCAUUGUUAUCUCAAUAUUGAAAAUCAGCUCAUCAGAAGGCAGAUGCAGAGCUUUCUCAACCUGCAGUGCCCACCUGACCUCCAUCCUGUUCUUCUACGUCCCAGUGGUGCUCAUUUAUCUUCGGUCUGCUUCCACCCCUUGGUUAGAUACUGUGGUUCAAGUGUUGAAUAAUCUUGUUACCCCUUCCCUUAAUCCUUUGAUUUAUACUUUGAGAAACAAGGAUGUAAAGUUGGCUUUAAGAAAAGCACUAAUCCCAGAAAGACAUAUCUGUAGGGAAUGA